UCUGUAUUUCUCUGUGUAUAUCUGUUGCUUAACAGGAUGAGAAGUACUGGCCUCUCAUGCCUCCCUUGCCUUCAUAUGGAUAUGGGCGAGAGCAUAUUGGACCACGCUAUGGGAGUUUAAUACAUGGCCAAAAUCUCAGAGAUGUUGUAAUCACAGGGCAUAAUGGUACCAUUAACGGGCAGGGUCAAACAUGGUGGAAGAAGUACAAACAAAGGCUUCUUAACAACACCAGAGGGCCGCUUGUCCAGAUUAUGUGGUCUAGUGACAUAGUGAUCUCUAAUAUAACAUUACGUGAUUCUCCAUUUUGGACGCUCCAUCCAUACGACUGCAAGAAUGUAACAAUCAAGAAUGUCACAAUUUUGGCACCCAUCUUUCAUGCUCCAAAUACUGAUGGCAUAGAUCCAGAUUCAUGUGAAGAUAUGUUGAUCGAGAACUGUUACAUCAGUGUUGGUGAUGAUGGCAUUGCGAUAAAGAGUGGUUGGGAUCAGUACGGAAUUUCCUAUGGACGCCCUUCAACAAAUAUAGUCAUCCGAAAUCUUGUCGUUCGUUCAAUGGUCAGUGCGGGCAUAUCGAUAGGAAGUGAGAUGUCUGGUGGGGUAUCAAAUGUCACUGUGGAAAACGUCCAUGUCUGGAACUCAAGGCGUGCUGUUCGCAUCAAAACAGCAGCUGGUAGAGGAGGAUACGUACGACACAUAGCAUACAGGAAUUUGACAUUUGAAAAUGUUAGGGUGGGAAUUGUCAUCAAAACAGAUUACAAUGAACAUCCUGAUGGGGAGUUUGAUCCCAAAGCCGUACCAGUACUAGAGGACAUAAGCUACGUAUCAGUACACGGUGAGGGAGUUCGUGUGCCCGUGCGUAUCCAUGGAAAUUCAGAAAUUCCAGUGAAGAACGUGACUUUCACAGAUAUGUCGAUUGGGAUAACAUACAAGAAGAAGCACAUAUUCCAGUGUGCAUAUGUUCAAGGUCGUGUUAUAGGUACUGUCUUCCCCGCCCCUUGUGAGAACCUUGACCUAUAUGACGAGCAAGGACAUCUGAUACGACGUUCUGAUUCUCAGAAUGCAUCGGACAUAGAUUACGACUUCUGAAACAGUUUCCGAUAUCCCCUGUUUCCAGGGACAAUUUUCCCAGUGGCCAACCUUUGUUACUAUUUCUUGCCUAGCCAUUUUCUAGUUUUUCUUUUUCUAUACCUGUAACUUUCCUCUUUCCCUCUCUUUGUACAUAAAAAAGAAUGAUUCCUUAUGUAUCCAAAUUUCCAACAGCCAUUCAGUUGUAUGUAAUGUGGAAAACAGCUUGAAGUUUUUUGCACUGUUUCAAACUUUUUAUGCCUUAGAUUAGUUGCUUGGUAUAUAGGAUGACAAUGAUUGUGUAUUA